ACGAGAGAAAGGGAGCGAGAGAGAGAGCGAGAAGAGCGCGAGCGAUGCAGGGUGAGAGAGGCGAGAGCGAAAAGAGAGAGAUCUGCUGAAGAAUUUUUUGUUUUUUUAUCCUUUUCGCGAUCAAUUAUUUCUGUUUCCUUUAAUUUUCUCAAACUUUUUUUUCCGUAUACAUUUUGAUUCGAUAUUGUUCAUCGUCUUCCUGCGAUUGAAUUUUAUUUCUUGCCUAUAUAUUUUUUUUCUCACAAUUGUUUUUUGGGAUUCCCUGAUCCCGGAAUCGGUAGAAUCCUAAACCUCUCGUCCUUGAUCAUGUCGCCGGCCUUCAAUUCCUCUUCUUCGUUCACGGCCCCUGCCGCUGGCAGGCCUGCCGGGCGCGGCCUCGCUUCCCCCUGGAGCCACGUCGUCCGCGUGGAGGCCGACGCGGCCACCACCGCUCCUUGGUUGUAUCCGCGUCCUGAGCCCGUAGAUCGUUCCUUGCCCUCCGAUCUCGCCCCCGAGAGCUCGUCCUCGUCCUCGAUCGCCUCCCUCCGGCCGCUCGAGGCGGUAGCCGAGGAGCAGGGGAGCGGCGGCAAUGCGGCUGGAAAGAAGGCUUGGAAUGUCCUGAGCAACGGGGAUAGCGAGGGGGGCGCCGUGAUGGGAGCCACUUGGCCUGAGCUUUCCGAGUCCGCCAAGUCCAUAGCCAAACCGACCUCCUCCUCGGAACCCUCCUUGGUUGUUCCUGAUGGAUCGGACACUACUCACGAGGUCCCUCUGAUGGCUCCUCCGAAGGCAACUUCUAACAAUCCUAACCCUAAUUCUAAUCGAAGCCCGGAGAUUCCCGCUCGUCAGAAAUCCAUUCCUAAAAGUAAUUCCAUCAAGAGGGGCGGCAGCAGCAGCAGUGGUUCCCAGGCUAAUGGAUCACCAUCGCAUCAACAAUCCCCCACGCCAGAGAUCACUCCGAUUGCUUUGGAAGAGGGCUCGGGUUCUUCUCCCAACGGUCUCAGCAAGGGCAGCAACUGGGAGCCCAAUAGGAAUGGUGGAUUGACGACACAACACCACGGUGAGGAUGAUCACCGUGGGGGGUUCAACAGAAGCCGACGAGGAAAUAAUAAUGGUGGCGGGGGCUUCCAUCAAGGAGGUGUUAGCUGGAAUUCUGCUCGAGGUUUUAAUAACAGAGAUCAACUAAUGCCCAUGCCUAUGCCAUUGGUUCAGCAGAGGGGUUACUCGCAGUCGUUUGUUCAACAACCACCGCCUCCUCCUCCGGUUCCAUUCAUCGGAAUGCCUCCCCUUGUCCGGCCUAUUGUUACUCCAAUAGUCUAUCCAGGUUCUUCUCUUUCAGAUGUUCCUCAUGUCUAUGGUAUGCCCCCUCCACCACCAAUUGAUCCACUGAGGAAUGCGCCCUUUAUUCAUCAUCAAGCCCCACCGGCUAUACCUUCUACUGUGUACAUAGCCCCGGUGGAACAUUUUCGCAGCAUGAUACUCCAGCAAAUAGAAUAUUACUUCAGUUUUGAUAACUUGCUGAAGGACACUUAUUUGAGACAGAAAAUGGAUGACCAGGGAUGGGUUCCCAUCUCCCUGAUUGCAGGGUUUAAUCGCGUUAAACAAUUAACAAACGACAUACCAUUUAUAUUGGAGUCGCUUCGAGGUUCAACUGUUGUGGAAAUACAGGGUGAGAAAAUAAGGCGACGAAAUGAUUGGAUCAUUUGGAUUCUUCCUUCAACACCACACCAACAUGGCAUUGUUUCUCGCCCUCAUUAUACAUCUAGCGUUGAUUUAAUUCUGGCUCAUGUGCAGAACCUUGGAUUAUCUGAGAGGGGUUCUAGUUCUCGACUCAACAAUAUUAGUCGUCCGAUCGGUAUGGGGUUUGGUAGAACAGUGUCUGAGAAUUUGAAUACCCAAAGACGUGAUGGAGCUUCUGUGAAUGCGAUUAACAAAGUUUCAAGCAGAUCAAUUGCCAGUUAGGAGAAAGUAUUUGUUGGAGCAUUCUCCUCGCAACAACAUUUAUCUCUCUCGAAGGUUACCUAAUAAAGUCCCCCAAAAAACACAAAAAAAUUAAAAUAAAUAAAAAUUUCAAACGGGAGCAAAUAAAACUACUGUGGGUAGAUUCAUUGUCGUUGGAUUUCAUGGAAUUUGGUAUGCUUUGAGCAGAUUUGGACUAAAAGGGAUAGCUGGAUUUCUAUCAAACUACCUUCAUCAACUUUUGUUUUUAUGAUUAGCCAAUAAUUUUGCUUAUUUGAUAAAUAAUUCAACACAGGUUCACAAAACUGUUUAUGUGAACUAGUCUGGAAUAAAGUGUUGUUUGGACAUGUUUAUCUAUUUAGACAUUUAUUUAUUCAUGGAUUAUUA